CACACACACCCAAGCCCUUUUUUCAAUUUACAGAAUCAUCACAAUAAAACCCAAAAAAAAAAGCUUCUUUUUGUUCGUUCUCCCUCGAUUUGAAGACUCUUUCUUUUUGCUAAUUCUCAGCGCAUAAAGUGACGAUCUUUGAGGUGGGUUUUGGCUUUUACAUCAAUGGAAACCAUUUAGAUAAGUCAGAAUGAUAGAGAUGUGAUUUUUCUGUUGUACAUUACGGGGAAUCUGAAACAGACCAUCGUUUUGUUAAGAGGAUUUGCAUUCGAUCAUGCCGGUUCUUGAGAAUACUGUGGCUGUGUCGUCGAUCGACUCCCAAGCGGUCAAUGAUUCUGGUAAAUCAAAAACCAGCAGCGAUUCCGCGGCUGCUUCUAAGACUACCGAGGAAGCCCGCUUUGAACAAGUCAAACCAGCACAAGCAGCCAUAGAUGGCGACGACAAUAGCAAAACUGAAAUGCUAAAUGGGUUUAACAAUGUGGAAAAUGGGGGUAAUGGUGAGAUUUUCGAGAAAAACAUGAGCCAUUUGGUUGAAAUUUUGUCUAAGCUUAACCCUAUGGCUGAGGAAUUUGUGCCUCCUUCCCUUGCCAAUCAUCAUAAUCUUGAUGGUAACCAUGAUCAGAACCAUCAUGAUAAUCACUUUCUGGAAAAUGGGUUUGGUUUUAUUACUGACAAUUUUGCUAUGAAUGCUAAUUCUGGCAAUGGAUACACUAAUAGAAGGAAGAGGAACAACUUUAGCCAAGUGAAGAGAAGGUUGAGUAAUCGAACUAACCUUGCGCAGCAAGAGGACGCGAUUAGGAAGACUGUUUAUGUAUCUGAUAUUGAUCUACAGGUUACUGAGGAGCUUCUUGCUGGUCUCUUUCUGAGUUGCGGACCGGUUGUUGAUUGUCGUAUAUGCGGUGACCCUAAUUCUGUUCUCCGCUUUGCCUUCAUCGAAUUUUAUAAAGAAGAGGGUGCGAAAGCUGCUUUGAAUUUGUCUGGAACCAUCCUCGGUUACUACCCUCUGAAAGUGAUGCCUUCCAAGACCGCCAUCGCACCUGUUAACCCAACCUUUUUGCCCAGGUCUGAGGAUGAGCGGGAGAUGUGCGCAAGGACCAUUUACUGUACAAACAUAGACAAGAAGAUUACUCAAGCUGAUGUCAAGCUCUUCUUUGAAUCACUAUGUGGGGAGGUUCACCGCUUGAGACUAUUGGGAGACUAUCAUCAUUCAACUCGCAUUGCUUUUGUCGAGUUCACAAUGGCUGAAAGUGCGAUCGCAGCCCUCAACUGCAGUGGUGUGGUUUUGGGAUCACUGCCCAUAAGGGUAAGCCCAUCAAAGACACCUGUUCGUCCCCGUGCUCCUCGCCUUGCAAUGCACUAAAUCACCCGUGCUCCUCGCCUUGCAAUGCGCUAAAUCACCCAUGCUCCUUUCUCUAUUCGGGACUUAUCAACUGCCAAUAUAUUUACAUAUACAUGCAUACAUAGAGCAGUACAUUCGAGGUACUUUUGGUGUCAAAUGUUAUCUUCUCCGUGCAUUGUAGUUACUUUUGUAGGGGUUAAUCGUGGUUGGUACCUUUUAGCUCGUUAACGAGGUUUUGACAGACAUGAAUGUUAAUUUAUGGUUCAUGUUUCAAUGGAUUCUCUAAGGAUGAUAUCCCUAAACACAGAUUGCAAGGGCGUAUCUAACAACUAGUAAAUGUUAAAUAGAC